CCUAAAAAAAAGAACAAGAACCCCUAAACACUUACUGGAAGAGGGAAAAACAGGCAGGCAGCCAAGCAAGCAUGCGAAUGUUUGUGUAAACAUAUAGAAAAUAUAUCACAAACACGGAGUGAUGCUGCGUCUUCCUUCCCACAAUCAACGCUUCCAUCUCCUCAUUCGCAAUCUCUCUUCCUUUGCCUCCAAUACUACCAUUUUCAUGACCUCCAAACACUUCCUCCCUUCCCCUCUGCUGCCUCAAACCCUUUCUCCUAAACACUUCUCCACCCCCUCUAAACGCCUCCUUCCCUCUCUUUCUUCCAAACCCAUCCCCAACAACCAUUCUUUCUGGCUCAGGACUAAUGGGUUUUAUUCUCUUCCUUCUCCCAGUGAUUCUUCUCCCUCUCCAGCUUAUUCUCAAGACUUGGAAGACCAGCCCUCGGAUACGCGUAGCUUGCAGAUUUUGAAUCAUAAACUAAAGCAGCUUGGCAUCGAUAUUACUAAGAGUGUUGCUGGGCGUGAAAACCGCUUAAUGUGUCCCUCGUGCAAGGGUGGUGAAUCAGGGGAACUUAGCUUAUCUCUUUUCAUCAGCCUAGAUGGGUAUUCAGCUUCAUGGCUGUGUUUUCGAGCGAAAUGUGGGUGGAAAGGCUACACAAAAGCCGCUGCAGAUGGCAAGCCAUCAAUUGAAAAUCUCGGUUUAGUUAACAAAGUUAAGGUCAAAAGGCAAAUCACAGUGGAGAGUUUGGAAUUAGAACCACUAUGUAAUCAGCUCACUGCUUAUUUCGCAGAGCGAAUGAUAUCUUCAAAAACACUAAAGAGAAAUGCUAUAAUGCAAAAAAGGAGUGGUGAUGAGAUUGCUAUUGCAUUCACUUAUUGGCGUAAAGGAGAACUUGUAAAUUGCAAGUAUCGGGAUAUAGCUAAGCGGUUUUGGCAGGAAAAGGAUACUGAAAAGAUACUUUAUGGGCUGGAUGACAUAGCAGAUGCAAGCGAUAUCAUCAUUGUUGAAGGUGAAAUGGACAAGCUUGCAAUGGAGGAAGCUGGCUUCCGUAAUUGUGUCAGUGUCCCUGAUGGUGCACCACCAUCAGUUUCUGAAAAGGAGGUUCCAGCUGAAGAGCAGGACACAAAGUAUCAAUACCUGUGGAACUGCAAAGAGUACUUUAAAAAGGCAGCUCGCAUUAUACUUGCCACUGAUGGAGAUCUACCUGGUCAGGCCCUAGCUGAAGAGCUUGCACGUCGCCUUGGAAGAGAGAGAUGCUGGAGAGUUAAAUGGCCGAAGAAAAAUGACGUGGGUCAUUUUAAGGAUGCAAAUGAGGUUCUUAUGUAUUUGGGACCCAGCGUUCUUAAGGACAUAAUUGAUAAUGCCGAGUUAUAUCCCAUAAGUGGGUUAUUCAACUUUAGUAGUUUCUUUGAUGAAAUUGACCAAUAUUAUCAUCGAACUCUUGGAUAUGAAUUUGGUGUCUCAACUGGUUGGAGGGCGCUGGACAACCUAUAUAAUGUUGUGCCAGGAGAGCUGACAAUAGUAACUGGUGUUCCCAACUCUGGGAAGAGUGAAUGGAUUGAUGCUCUCUUAUGUAAUCUUAAUGAAGGUGUUGGUUGGAAAUUUGCUCUUUGUUCCAUGGAGAACAAGGUUCGGGAUCAUGCAAGGAAACUUUUAGAGAAAUCCAUAAAGAAACCGUUCUUUGGUGUAGGCUAUGGAAGCAAUGUGGAAAGAAUGAGUGUAGAGGAACUAGAGAAAGGGAAGAAAUGGCUGAAUGACACAUUUCAACUCAUAAGGUGCGAGAAUGAUUCUCUUCCAAGUAUACAGUGGGUUCUUGAACUUGCAAGGGCAGCGGUUCUAAGGCAUGGUGUUCAGGGUCUUGUAAUUGAUCCUUACAAUGAACUAGAUCAUCAGCGCCCAGUUAGUCAGACUGAAACGGAGUAUGUAAGCCAGAUGCUUACGAAGAUCAAGCGAUUUGCUCAGCAUCAUUCUUGUCAUGUCUGGUUUGUUGCACAUCCAAGACAGUUGCACCACUGGAUUGGGGCUCCUCCUAAUCUCUAUGACAUAAGUGGAAGUGCACACUUCAUAAACAAAUGUGACAAUGGAAUUGUUAUUCAUCGAAAUCGGGAUCCUGAGGCUGGGCCUGUUGAUCUAGUACAAGUUUGUGUGCGGAAAGUUCGAAAUAAGGUUGUAGGAAAUAUAGGCGAUGCGUUCUUGUCUUAUGAUAGGGUGACGGGUGUAUAUAAGGACAUUGAUGAAUCACAAAAGAAGUGAUAGGCCAUGGUGAUUGUUCAAUUGUGGGCUUAAGAAUUUUGUAUAGUACGACUAUGGAUUAUGCAUCUGAAGUCUUCUUUCCUGGUGAAACGUGUACAACUAAAAUGUUGCCACCAAGGAGCUGAAAGGCUUGAGAAUAUGUUGCAAUGGUGGGCAGGAGGCAGCGGUAAGCAGACGGGAAGAGUUGUUGAGUCGGUUCUAACUGAUAUUACUGGGGUGUACGUUGAUUUUCUUUAUCAAUAGAAUUCAGGAAUUUCUCUUGCUCAUAUCAUUGCAACAGUAAUUGUUUGGCAGUCCUUGUUUCUUUUACUACUAUUUUUGAAUGCUCCCUUGUAAUUGGCAGAGAUCAUUCAUGUCAAGCAUGAGAUGAUGUGAUGAAGUUAUGAAAAAUUUCAAUGCUGAGACUUUAAAUAUGAUCAAUCUAGGACUUGGUACUAUGAAA